UCCAUAUUUAAUUACGAAACACUACYAUGUUGGUUUAUUGGUUUAAAUAUUUGCGAGACUUCAGUGGUAUCUUAGCAAUUCCAAUUGAAUAGAACCAAGUGGAUUGAAUUAAACGUCAAAUGAAUUAAGAAUGGCUAUGAGAUUGCGUUUUUAUCAAUCUAAAACUCCCAGCAUUUCUGUUUUGUUUCUUUUGACGUUUUUGUCUUUAUCAAAAUUACAAGAUCCGGCAAAAUUUGASGGCGAAGUUUCAGCCAGUGUGCAAGAAAGUUUAUUUCAAAGUGCUCAGCUUUUUGACGACUUUAUUGAAAUUCGCCAACCACUUUCUUCUCAUGCCAGUCAGCACUUUCUUGUUCGCGUGGACUACAGGUGCAAAACAGCUCGAAUAAUAACGAUAGAACUUAUUUCGUACGGUCAUGAAAACACUGAAAGAAUUGAAUUCAGAUACAAUUUUGUUGUUGCGCUAAGAACAACAGAAACAACGACCCGUUCUGUCAAAGUGAAGCUCAGGGAUUCUCUAGUGUUUGGGGACAACAAAGCACUAAACAUCGCCACAGAUUUGCACACAUUUCGCUUGAGACUGGUUGUUUCAGUYGUUGAUAUUGAUUCAUUGUCGUUGUAUGGAAAAAAUGGUCAAAAAGCAGCUGUUUUUGCAAGUGACAGCAGAGAAGUAUCUCUGUUACCUCCCUGGAGCAGACCUGUCAAGCAAGGWUACUGCUUUUCUUGUUUUGCGAGUUUUUUGCAAAGAGCAGAGAAGAGGAAAAUCCACAGAUGUCAACUUGUAAAUGAUAUUGUUAAUUUUGUGGAUUUCCCAGUAGYCUUGGCUGGCAAAGAAGAAGGCUUUAAGAAACGUCUUCCUCCUCUGGACUGGAAAGAUCCAUAUCUUAAUGAGAUCCAGAAGACCUCCAAACCAAGGUUUACAAUAACAACCUGGAUCUACGUGCUYGAGGCUUGCACCAGAAAUCUAUGUGGUGUUAUACAAAUUAGAAAUGAUAAUUUUCUUACUCCGCUAGUGGCAUUAACGAUAUCUGGUCAGUUUCAUACCCAGGUAAACUACAARAACAAAAAAGCCCAUGCAUUCAUCACCAGAGGUGGUAUACGGCRAAACACAUGGAACCAAGUUAUUAUGGCUUUUAAUGAUACUGUUGUCACCUUUACUGUGAGAUAUGGCAACAACUUUGAAAACGAGUUCCAGUUUGAACACCAUGAUUUUCCCAUGGGAUCGUAUCACUUCGAUGACAGUGAAGGAUUCUGGAUACUAGGUGGUACUACUGGUUUCUGUUCGUUUGAGGGUUUUAUGGGUCCAACUACUUUAUAUCGCCGACGUGUGCUGAAGCCUUCAGAGGUACCGAUCCCGCCCAAGGAUCAUCCCAUGUUUCUUGUUGGUAUGGACAGUUAUUACAGCCGUUGUGCAAAUGUAAUCUAUGGAUUAACAAUGAAAAUGGAAGAAAUAGAAAUCGACAGACGAAUGGAGGAGAGUUUAGAACAAUUAGAUGAUGAUAGAUGCAUGGCAAAACCUAUGACCUAUGAUGUCCUACAUAGUUACUAUAGUAACCAUGACUCAGAUUAUCCUAUGUGUGAGGUGACGUUUACCGGAGAGACUCCCGAAGCUGACAAUGUAGUUUUGAACGUGUUGAAAAACGAAACAGUUAACAUAACAACAGCUGGAGAACGGAUUUUUGACAUCGCUUCUAAACUAAUGCUACGCAGUAUCAACAAUAUGCCAUUAGCGUUGAGUCUCUUCCGUGUAUCAGGAUGCUCAAAGCACCACAAGUCCCUGUACACUGCUGGUGUUAUAUACACGACUGGUCUGGGGGUACCACGAGACUUAGACAAGGCAAGGCAGUUCUUUCUUGUUGGGGCUGUUCUCGAUCAUCCUCUCUCACAGAUGUCUCUAGCAUACCGUUUUCUCAUUGGUGGAGAUGGCGUGACCAAACAAUGUGACAUUUCUGCUGGAUAUUUCAAGAUGGCGGCAGUCACUGCAGACAGGGUUCUACAAGAACACCAUGCUGUACACACCCAUUCAGAAGCGGUACGACUUGAUGACUACGAUGAGUUAGCAAAACACAAGGGAAAAGAUUCAGAUAUAUUCCAAUGGCUAGCCCAUCAGGCCUUGCAGGGAAUUGGCGACGCCCAGGGAAUCGUAGGUGAGCUAUAUUUCUACGGCAAGAGAGGCAUUCAGAGAGAUUUGGAUAAAGCUGUCAAGUACUACAAGAUGAGUGCUGACAUGGGAAAUCCCGAGGGACUUUUUAACCUUGGAGUCUCGAAACUUAAGGGACAGGGCACAGAGAUGAACGAGACAGAGGGGAUGGAGCUUAUAGCAAAAGCAGCAGAACAGGAUUUUCCACCAGCACUCAAUGCAAUGGGAUUCUUCGAAGUCAACUAUCGGGCAAACUUCACGGGCGCUGUCUUCCACUUUAAACGAGCUGCAAGAAAAGGAGACAGAGAUGGCCUGUACAAUCUUGGCGUAGCUUACGACAACGGGUGGAUGGGUGCUGGUGUCACCCCUGACAAGAAAAAAGCAAUUCAUUAUUGGCGUCAAGCAGCGGGUAAGGGUCAUCCAGGAGCUUGUAUUUCUGUUGGUGAAGAAUUACGAACAGGACAACACACGAAUAAAGACUGUUCCAUGGCAGUGGUGUAUUUACGCUAUAUUGCUGAACAACACCCUGAAAUAGGAUGGCUGUUACGACAGGGACUUAACGCGUACUACAAAGGAGACCUGUUCAAAUCCCUCGUUUCUUAUGUGUUGGCUGGAGAGGCUGGUAUGGAGGUUYCGCAGUACAACGCCGCGUUACUCUGUGAAGAAAACGAGGAUUACCUUGGGAAUAUUACAGCUGUCGACUGUGUCGAAAGAUAUUACAAUUCAUCAGCCGCACUUGGAUGGGUCUUCUCCAUGAUCAAAGUUGGUGACAGCCACUGGUACGGGAAGAACGUACCACAAAGUAUUACAAGAGCAGCGAGAAUGUACGCAGAGGCAGCUGCCAAGAACGACCAUCCACACGCUGUUUAUAACUUAGCGUACAUGGUGGAGUACAACUAUUCACUGGCCGGGAUAAGAUGGAGUAAUGUAGAUAGGAAUUCUGUGCAAAAAGGAAAUCUCACUUUUGCUGCAAUUCUUUAUGAGAAGUGUCGAGACGCUCAGUCAAACAACAACGAAUCGUACCUGCCAUGCGCAUUCGGACUAGUGCGAGUGACUGUCAAAGAUUACUACAGAAAACACCCGCUACAAGUACAGGUUGGCGCCAUGUUCGCAUCUUCUCUGUUGAUCUCAUUCAGUAUUUGGCUCAUAAAAGUUGGCGAUCAAAUAGAUUAGCACGAAAAUUAAUUUCUUUGAUAGAUAUGUAUAUCAUGAACCACUUACACUGGUGAAUAAGCUUGCU